AUGAAACACAACCAGAGCUGCUGCCAGACACCUUCCACUAUCACUGUGCAUGCAAAAUCAAGUGCAGCCCGAACCUACAAGCAAAAAAACCCCCUUUGCCUUAAACGUCCUAAAUUUAAAGACAGCCAAGAGACCUGUGGGAAAAACAUUAAUAAUAACAAGUCAAAAGGUUCCUGUCUAGUUAUUCAGCGCCAAGAAAUGACAGCUUUCUUUAAAUUAUUUGAUGAUGAUUUAAUUCAAGAUUUCUUGUGGAUGGAUUGUUGUUGUAAAAUUGCAGACAAGUACCUAUUGGCAAUGACUUUUGUUUAUUUCAAGAGAGCCGGCUACAGUAUAAAUGAACAUACCAGGCUCAAUUUCUUUGUGGCUCUGUACCUGGCAAAUACGGUUGAAGAAGAUGAUGAAGAGUCAAAAUAUGAGAUUUUUCCAUGGGCAUUAGGGAAAUCGUGGCGGAAGCUCUUCCCAGAUUUCUUAGUUCUAAGGGAUGAACUCUGGAGCAAGAUGGACUACAGGGCUAUUGUGAGCAGACGCUGCUGUGAGGAGGUAAUGGCUAUUGCCUCAACACAUUACAUAUGGCAGAGGGAACGUUCAAUACAUCAUAGUGGAGCCACAAGAAACAACAAUCGCAACGGUGUACAGAUGCCUCAAGGACCUAAUGCCACUCCUGCAGACUGUUUGCUUUGUGGGAAGAAAACAAGAUCUAUAAGGCUGGGAUUGUCCUCUUCUUCCUCCAAUGGCAGUCUGGAAAUGACGGAGCAACACAUACCUCAGGGAAUGGAAGACUCUCUUUCAUCUGUUAAAAAUCUUCUUGAACCUCAAGGUUAUUUUCAAGGUAUGAUGUGA